ACAAACUGUGGCAUGUUGGGAGAGCUUCCUGGUUCCUGGCAGGAAGCCACCUCUGCCCCUCUGAGCAGGAAGUCUCUGCACUGGCUGAAGCUGGGAGCAGGAGACAAGCUGUAGAAAGGAGGCUGAAGUGUAAUCCUCUUCUAUGGUGGUUUUUUUUUUUUAAACAGAAUAAAACCUUGUUCCGGGUGGUUUGUCUGAGUGGGUCUGGUCUGAGGUGAACACACACAAUGCAGACCACACAGAGACACUUCAGGUCCAGCUUCCCAAAGUUGUGUAAAAAGUCACAAGGCAGACUUUCCCUAUCUUGAACACCUUCAUAUUGGGCCAAUGAACAGGAGAGGGGCUACAAAUGGAAGAACAACCAGUAAAGAAAGCAUGGGAGGAAGAGGAUGGCAAGAAAGGAUGCACAAGACUGAACAUACAAUGGAAAGACUCUGUCAGAAGAAGUUUGACGAGAAAAGGACUGGAACUCCAAGACCCACAAAUGCAUGCCAUGGACUGGAAGGAGUAGCAAAGAAUUGUGGGCAUGCAGAUGGGAAAAGAAGUCAAGAAGUGAAGUUUCAUGGGGGUAACAUCAGUGCAUCUAUAAAGGCUUGUCUACAUUCAGAUUUUGUACCACUUUAACUAUAUCUGUUUGAAACCACUAUAAAGUCACAUGGUACACCCCUUAGUAUGGAUGUGGUCAUUCUUGUACAAUGGCGCUUAAGUAGCUUAUUCCUGUAAAUGUAGGGGAGCAACCUAUAGUGAAAUAGGGCACCUUUGUACCAGUGAGUGCAUUCAUAUUAGGGAAUUGUGCUGAUUUAACUAUUUUGGUUUAAAAAAAAAAAUCGCAACCUUAACUGAAAAAGUUUAAUUGGUCUAAAAACUGUGUGGACUAGGCCUAAGGUUUAGAACAAAACAAAAAUGAUAGUAUUAUAAAAAUAAUUGUGUAUUGUUUUAUCUUUGAUCAUAUUGCUCAUCUACUUGAUAUCAAAACUCCACCUUUGGAAGGAGGGUGUAGUUUGGCACACUAUGCUUGCAUUUUCAUGGGUUUGGGUUUGUACAAUGCCUAUGUCUGUCUGCAUUUGGUUAGUGUCUAUCAAUAUUGUCUGAUCAUGCAUACAUUUAUAUUUGGGAAGUGUAUAUCAUUAAACAUCCAACUUCAUAGGCUGCAGGCGUGUGCACACAUUUGAAAAGUGUAUUAUCUGCAUGUGUGUGAUGCAUCUGUACAUUUGUGUGUUCACUGGGAAGUAUGAAGUGUGUGAGUCAAGGAGGAGGCAUCUGUGUGCACUUCGGAAAGUGUCCAUCGUUAGGCACACAGGCUUGCAUGAUGCACCGGUGUAUGUAUGCAUUGGGUCCAUAAGCCUGCCCUGUUCUAUGCUGUGACGCGGGUAGACGGCAUAGAUGUGUUUGGAUUCCCGAGCGAGUGGACGGUGCAGCAGCUCUCUGUGAGCAGCCGCUGUCUCCGGGGCGCGAUGCAGCAUGCAGCCCCUGCAGACGCUGUGCUCCAGUCACUCUGCAAAGCGAGUCUAUGAUCGCCCACCCUGCCAAGUGGGCGAAGGGCUAGAGAGUGCGGGAUAGGAAAGCCGGCUCUGCUCGUCCCCCGGGCUAGCUCGGAAUGAGCUGCUGCGGUGAUGUGCAAGAUGUCUUUCAAGAGGGAAACACCGCUCGCAAAUGCUGCAUUCUGGGCUGCAAGGAAAGGAAACCUGGCUCUUCUUCAGCUGUUGUUGAACAGUGGACGAGUAGAUGUGGACUGCAGAGACAGCCUUGGCACAACAGCUCUGAUGGUAGCUUCUCACUAUGGCCACAUAGAAUGUGUGCGGGAAUUGGUGUUACAAGGAGCAGAUAUCAAUCUGCAGAGAGAGUCAGGCACAACUGCUCUGUUCUUUGCUGCACAGCAAGGCCACAAUGGUGUUGUGAGGUUUCUCUUUGAAUUUGGUGCCUCUACUGAAUUUAAAACUAAAGAUGGCGGUACCGCUCUGUUAGCAGCUUGUCAGUAUGGCCACACGCAAGUGGUGGAAACUCUGUUGAAGCAUGGUGCCAACAUACAUGAUCAACUAUGUGAUGGAGCUACUGCACUUUUUCUGGCGGCCCAAGGAGGUUAUCUGGAUAUCAUCAGAUUAUUGUUAUCUUCAGGAGCAAAGGUCAACCAGCCAAGGCAGGACGGGACAGCUCCUUUGUGGAUAGCAUCUCAGAUGGGUUACAGCGAGGUAGUGAGGGUAAUGCUGCUCCGGGGAGCUGAUCGAGAUGCCACACGGAAUGAUGGUACCACUGCUUUACUUAAAGCUGCUAACAAAGGGUAUCAUGACGUUGUAGAGGAAUUACUCAAAUUCUCUCCUGCACUGGGCCUGUUGAAGAAUGGGACUUCUGCUCUCCAUGCAGCCGUGUUGGGUGGCAACAUUAAAGCAGUAGCACUACUUUUGGAAGCGGGAGCAGAUCCUUCUCUUAGGAACAAGGCAAAUGAACUGCCAGCAGAACUAACACAAAACGAACGCAUCCUCCGGCUCCUCCGGACAAAAGAAAAGCACAGGAAAAGCUAACCCAACUCUGUGUCAGAUGUGGUUUGACAGAGAGGAGCCAGGUCCACACUGGGACGAAAGCAAAUCUGGUUUUGAAAAUGGCUUAUUGAACCUGAUUGCAGAAUUGAUUUAGCAUGUCCAAGAUACCACUCUGUGAACAAGGUCAGCCUUCAACACAGAGCAGGGGUGCACUAAAGCUUCAGUUUUGCACCAUUAAACUCAACAGGAGUUUUGCAAUGGGCUUCAGUGAGAGCAAGAUAGGACCCUAAAGGCCUUUUUGCAUCACAGCCCUGUCUAUACUUGAAAAUCCCAGCAUUCCCAGCAGUGCUAUAAAUCCUAAAAUGUGGGUAGUACACCUUAUAGCCACACACAAGUGCUCCAACCAUUUCACAGGCAUUCCCACUACCGUUAUGACUGCACUAGCUGAGAUUAAGUCCUAACGCCUCUUUGUGUACCUGUUCAGUUUGAAUCAUUCAGUUUGUGCAGAUGGGAAGCACAGAUGUUCCAGCUGCACUGGUUCAAUUAAUCUCCUCAGCACAGUCCCUCAAGGCUUCAACCCACCCUUCAGUGAUGGCUUUGGCAGUUGGGAGACCAGGCUGUGCCCCCCUUCUUCCCCGCGGCCAUUCCAUGCAGGCCUGAAAGCUGAGGGAUGCUCAUCUGGUCUCAGCUGUGCCCAAUAACUCCUUCCCUGUUCGCAGCCACAUGUGGGGCAGGAAUAUAGGACACAAACCAGCCUAUUGAAAUCACAACUUUAUUUAGAACAAGGAAUUUUUUAUUGGCCAGUAGGAAAACAACCCACAACACAAUGGGGAAAAGUUAGGGAGCGGAAACACCACAGCAUCUACACACCCACACUAGAAACUUCAGUUUCAUAUGUAAUGGACCACCUUACUCUGGAGUUGGCAUGGCAUGGAGGUAACUGUUUCAUCCGUAUCUCAUAUUUGCUUGAGACCCGAAAAGGAGACUUAAGUGAAAACAUAUCCAAUGCUACCCCCUCCCCCAUCCCAAGUACCUAGUUCUCUUACUUACCGGGGGCGGGGGGGGGGUAAGUAACUUUUGGUUCUCCCCACUAUCCUUGAGGAUCAGAACAUCUGCUAGGGUGUGACUCCCUGAGGUGGUGGAGGAGGACUGGAGAAACUGACUGUGUCCCAGUGGGUACCUCAAAGGGGUGUCCUCCCUCCAGCCCCGGCCUUGACUGCUCUGUUUGGAUCGUAGAGGGAGACACAAGAGAAAAGGUUGCUGUUACUUAAGCAACAACUCAUUAAAAUGAUCCAAAACUUUACAAUUUACCCCAAAAGUUAUCAAGCAAAUGAGAGCAAACUUGUUUCCUCCUCAGAGUAAACUCUGACCUGUGUAGUACCACAAUCCAUCCAACAGUGGGUAUGGGGGAGGCUGGUGGUCUUCUGCAAUGUAGUUCCCUUUCCCUCCUAACAUAUGCUUAAAUCCAUGGACAGAACAGAGCCACUGGAAAUAGUCACUGAGCAAACCAAACGUAGCAUGUUGUUAACAUAUAUUUAGCUGUGAAGCAUACCUGUAUGGGUGUUACAAAUAUACAGUAUACAUUGUACACACAAACACUGUAUAUGACAUGGCUUAGUGUUCACCAGAUACUAUGCAAUCCAGCUGCUCCAGGGACCUGUGCCUGGAAUUAUGAGAGAGGGUCCAUUAUGACAGGUACAUCAGCAGUUAGUAGGCCAUGUGUAAUGUGGACACUAUAUACUCCUGAGGGCAUUCUGUGUCAAAAAAUUUUUAAAAAAUCUGUGCACAAUAUUUUAAAAUGCUGUACAUUUUAUUUGUUAAAUAAAUGUGAAGGCUUCAGCAUGGCAUGGGGGAGCCACUGGCUGCACAGAGGUGGGAGAUCACUCUGCAGCUUCUCCCAGGAAACACAGACUCAGCGGUGAGGCUGCACCCAACCCUGACACAGCGCAAGGACCGGGCCUUCCUCAGAAACACCCCAGGGCCCUGCUGCUCCAUGCCAGGUGCACCAGGUGUGGUCAGGCA